AUGUCUAGCUGGGAGACCACAGCCCUUCGGCUGCACAGCAACGUGACCGCCGACUCAACACCAAACUCGUCUCAUAAGAGUCUACCAACAUUGCCACGGCAAAAGUCCAAGACCAGGGCUACUACGGGUGUGAAGGAAGUUUCCGAGGGGGAGGAAUCUACCAGGACGAAAGGAUGGAAACCACUCUCACUCUCGACUCCAAUUCUACUUGCUGUAAUUGCCCUUACAAUCCUCCUCGCCAUCGCCGUUGAGACGCUAGCGCAACGAAGCGCUUCCCAAGGCGGACUGGCACUGUCUCCCUCACUCAAAGAUAUGCCCGGAUACGCCAGGUUUGGCUAUCUUUAUGUCCCGACCAUCAUCGCCGUCUUGUAUAGUUUGAUAUGGAGUUGGAUUGACUUGGACGUCAAACGCAUGCAACCUUGGUUCGAAUUAUCAAAACGAGACGGUGCUACCGCUGAGAAUUCAGUCUUCCUAGACUAUCAGUAUGAUUUUGUGGCUCUGGUUCCUUUCAAAUCUGCAAAGAGAAAGCAUUGGCCCGUCUUCUUCGGAGGCACCACCAUGGUUAUCGUGCUGUGGGCACUGACACCUCUUCAGAGUGCCUUACUGGGCACAGGUAUUGUUAAACAGACGAACGAGAUCGGAAUUUCCAACAGAUCCCAACUCCUCCCAGUCAAAGAGCAUGUCACAGUUCUAGAUCCCAGUUUCCUCAACACUGGAUACGCUAUUGCCUGGCUGGGCCAGCAGUUUCCUCCUUUCACAACUGCCGACUAUGCGCUACUCCCCUUCUACCCCAACACAAAUCCAGAGCUUGUCAAUGAUAAUUCAAAUACGGCGGCCUUGUCUAACAUAACGGCGGAAACAACAAAACUUUGGACUGAAUUAGACUGCUGGCCCGCAGGUAUUGCCAGGUACGGCCCUCGAGCGAAGGAGGAGUUCAAUUUCUUCAAUGGGCAAGGAUGCAACACGACAGCCGGUUUCGGGAGAAUGGAUCAGCGCAGGAUGUACUAUCUGGGCUUCUUUACCAGCCCUUAUUCGAACUAUCAAAUCGCAAAUCCGUUCUGUCCACGGACACCUGAUUCGAUCCACCAGUUCCUCGCGAUCUGGGCAAAGCCUAUUCCGGUCGACUGGGACCCUAAUCCCAGCUUUAACAUCUCUGCUGUGUUCUGCCAACCCCAGUAUUUCAAACAGAAGGUUCUGGCAACAGUUAAGGCGAACACAUUCGAGCCGGAUACAGCAUCUAUCAAGGAACUGGGACCAAAGGAGACACUAACAGAGAAGGAAUUCAACACGACAGCCUUCGAAUUCCUUCUGGGGAAUGGCAUGGCAGAAACACCAGUCACCAAGGAUUUUCCAUUCAAUGCUGUCGUCGAACAACACCCGCGUUUAAAUCAAUCCGGUUUCCACUUCCCUGUCGACAAUAUGGUGGGCUUUGCUCUAGCAGGCAGAGACCUACAUGCAGAUGAAUAUGUGCACCACGACAACCUGCACAAGGCUUAUAACGAAGCCCACAAAUACUUAUUCUCGGUGGCUGUGACGACCCUACUGAUGAACACAACCAACGUCUCCAACAACACCGCCUCGGUCGACUAUUUUAUGACUGGAGUCAUCGUCAGCCGAGCCUUCGCAAUAGCUGUAGAAUGCUUCUUACUAGUCGUCGCCAUCUUCACAGCUAUUCUUCUAUGGUUUGCCCGAUCUGCGCCCAGCCACUUACCUUUAAACCCGUCCUCGAUAAGACGUUACAUCGAUUUGUUUGGCAAUAGCCCCGAAGUUCUAGGUGCAUUCAAGCCGGUCGACUAUACUGAUGAGAAAGGAUUGCUUGAGGAGUUCAAGAUGGACGGCUUCCAGAUGAUACCAAAAGAUGAUGGCAAGAGCGCGGAAGUGCUCCUUCAUACGAGAAUCAAAGCAUCCGAAUCCUAUGACAAGUCUAUCCAAAGAGGCUACUAUGACCCGGUCAAGCCCUUGGUCCUCAAGAGAUGGAUUGGUCUCCUUUUUAUUGCCGCCCUAAUCGGGUCAAUGGCUUUCCUUUCUUACUUGAAACAGCAGGAGACCUUACUGAACGGAUUAAUCCGGCCCUCUGAGAAUUUUGAAGUCCUGCAACUUUUGGAGAACUAUAUACCGACUGCCUUCGCGACAUUGAUAGAACCUUUCUGGGUUUUGUUGAACCGAUUGCUUUGCGUUCUCCAACCUUUUAAAGAUCUUUGGGAAGGAAAAGCGAAGCCAAGCAACACGAUUGAUGCAACGUAUACGUCCAUUCCACCUCAACUUGUCUUCUGGAGAGCCCUUAAAUCUAACCAUUUCGUCCUUGUGCUUGUUUGUUCUAUGGCUCUACUUGCGAACCUCCUUGCUGUCGGUCUCGGUUCUCUUUUCAAUGAAGAUAUAACAACUGCAAACUACACGAUUACAAUGGCCCCAAGCUUUGCGCCUCGGUUUGAUAACGAAUCUGUAUUUGAUCUAACGUUUUACUUGAACAAGGAUCUUAUCACCACGAGUCGAUACCAGGACCAUUUCUACAUGGCUAUGGCUAAUCUGACGUCUGGUACGAUUCUCCCGCCUUGGAUGUCGCAAGAGUACUAUUUCCAAGGAUAUCAACUCCAGGACCCAAGUAUAAACAGGACAGGAGACGCUUAUACAGUAAAUACGAGGGGUUUUGGCGCCGUUCCCAACUGCACUGCUAUACCAGCUCAUACGUUAACCACUGAGUACAAGGAGCCAGAGUUUUGGCCCACGGAAAAGAAAAACUUAAGCCAAUGCGAAACCGACGAUCAAUUCAUUUCUGCAGCAGUUCCAGUGAUCCGCGGGGCGGGUUUCAACGAGUCUACUGGGGUUGCAGCUCUGGAAUACAGCCUGACUAUGGACAAGACUUUCUCGAUUGCACCAUGUGCGAGAACUUUACCUUUGGGAUGGGCUAGAUCCAAGGAAGCGGCGUUUACGAACAGCACAAUUGAAGCCAGUUUCAUGAUAUGUCGUCCGAUGUUUCAAACCGCCAUGUUCAACGUUACAGUUGAUUCACUCGGAAACGUAAUCUCGUAUGAAAGGACAAGCAACCUCACAACAACACUGGAUUAUACCCACUCAGAACUGCACACCGAUAUCUUGCUACAGACCUAUAACUACAGAUGGAAUGAAGAGCCUGGCUGGCACAACGAUACGCUCUCCAUGAACUGGAUGAAUUAUUUUAUCGCGUUUGUCAACGGCAACAGAUCAGCCCUCGACCCAGACGCUCCUGUCCCGGAUCCGGAGCAGCUAAUGCCAGUUGUGUCCGACAUAUAUCGCCGUGCUUUCGCCAUAUUGCUGGGUCUAAACGUCCAUAUAUUCAAGGAUAACGACAAGAGCGAGACAGUGUCUGCAAUCCGCCAUACGAAAGAGACACGAAUAUUCAUGGAAGACGCAUCUUUUAUCAUUACAAUGACGGUACUCGCUCUCAACACAGUUGUUGCCUGCCUGUUCUACAUCAGAGCUGUUGCUUUCGUUUUGCCACGCAUGCCAACAACUAUAGGCGCUGUCGUGUCAUAUUUUGCACCGAGCCGUCUUGCUACACCAACUUACAGAGAUUUACCAGGCCAGUCGUCUCGAACUUUGAGUUUCGGAAGAUAUGUUGGUAUGGACGAGAAAGUACAUAUCGGCAUUGAAGCAGAUCCCCAUGUUGUACCUAUUGACCCAGCGUCACUUGGGCAGAAAGACUUUUUUAAGUUUCUCAGACUGAGGAGGAAAGAUGGAAAUAAGCUUGAUAGAUCCGAAACCUGGCUUUAA